UCUACAACUAUUCUUAAACCCUAGCCAUGGAGAUGAAUCACAAAAACUCUUUUAGCCUCUUAUUCUUCUUAGCCUUUUUAGCUUUAGUUUCUUGUCGAAAAACCAAAACCAACCAUCAUGGUGUAAAAGGAUUCACUCUUGAUCUCAUCCACCGCGAUUCUCCUCUUUCUCCGUUGUACAACCCUUCUAUCACCCCCUCCCGACGCCUUAGAGAUGCCUACCACCGGUCCUUUUCCCGUGCAUCUUUUUUCAAAGCUGCCACUUCAUCAUCGUCACUAGAGCGUUCCUUUAUCCACCAAAAAGAAUUCCAAUCUGAUGUCAUUCCAAUCCCCGGUGAAUACCUCAUGAAAUUCUCAAUUGGUACACCCCCCGUGGAAACCGUUGCGAUUGCUGACACUGGUAGUGACUUGACAUGGAUUCAAUGCAAGCCUUGUGCCGAUUGUUUUCAACAAACAGCACCGCUCUUUGAUUCUAGAAAAAGCUCCACUUAUAAAACUGUCAAGUGUGAUACUAAGGCAUGUGAGAUAGUGGGGAGUACCACUUGUGUUAGAAAAAAUGUUUGUGAAUAUGAGAUGAGUUAUGGUGACCAAUCACAUAGUGUUGGUGAUGUUGCUUUUGAGACCUUCACUUUUGAUACCUUAAAUUUUCCUUCAAAAACUGACAAAAGCAAAGUUUCUUUUCCUAAUGUUGUAUUUGGUUGUGGCCAUGAUAAUGGUGGCACGUUCACAAAUUUGACUUCUGGGAUCGUUGGAUUAGGAGGUUCAAAUAUCUCAAUCGUUAAACAACUCGAUAAAGAAGUGGUUGGAUCAUUCUCUUAUUGUUUAAUCCCAUUGGAUUUAUCAUCUUCUUCUGCUUCUAAUGCUACAAGUCAUAUUAGUUUUGGACCUUUAGCACGUCUUUCUGGACCUAAAGUUGUUACAACUCCUAUAAUUCUAAAGGAGCCCAGAACGUACUACUAUAUAAAUCUUGAAAGUGUUAGUGUUGGGAAAAAGAAGUUGGCAUUCAAGAGUUCGAGACUAAGUUCUUUUGCUGCUGAUGGUGAAUUAGGGAAUAUGAUAAUUGAUUCUGGGACGACAUUGACAUUUGUCCCUAGUGAUUUUUACGAGAAUUUGGAAUCAACAUUGGUGGAUACGAUCAAAGGUAAAAGGAAGGAGGAUCCGACCGGAACUUUUGCGCUAUGUUACGAGUCUAAAAAUGGUGUUAUUAAUGCUCCUGAGAUUGUGUUCCAUUUCACGAAUGCUGAUGUUGAGUUGUUACCAACGAGUACAUUUGCAGAAGUUGAUGAAGGUUUGGCUUGUUUGACAAUUGUGCCAGCCGAUGAAAUUGCUAUAUUUGGAAACUUGGCGCAAGUGAAUUACCUUAUUGGAUAUGAUCUUAUACACGAAAGACUCUCUUUCUUGCCUACUGAUUGUACCAAGCACUGAAUUAAGUCUUUAGUUAGAAUUUGGGUUUUUAUAUUAUUAAUUUAAGCAGUUUUAUGUAAUGAAUUUCGCUUCUAUAAAGUUUAAAUUAUUCUUCGUUUGUUGGUCUUA